CAUUUGACUGUAGCAAACUCAGCUGGACCAUUGAAGAGACGUACAUCGUGGUAAAAGCCAGUGAUAAGUUUGAUGACAUCAUGGUUGCAGGGGCUAAUAAUGAAAAAGAUGGAACAUUUUUUAACAUCAGCAACUUGUCUCCUGGCUGCACAUAUAACAUUACAUUUUUAAAGCUGACGUUUGUUGUGUGCAACAUCUCUCGUCACACAAAACUCCAAGCAGUCUCGAAUGUGAAAGUGCAUGCAGUCACCACCAGAGACUUAAGUGUGUCAUGGACAGCACCACAAGGGUGUUAUGAUGGAUUCAACAUGACAAUCAAUUCCAGCAAAGUAAUUCCACUUAAAAAUGUAACUUCAUACAUUGUGAAUGAACUACAACCUGGAGUGACUUACAGCAUUGAAAUAAUUACAGUGCAGGGAGAAAAUGCUUCAAACCCGUCUGCAUCUCAGCAUGGAACUACAAAGCCGAAUGCCGUUGGCCAUGUCAAAGUAGAAAAAGAUCUGACAAACCUGACCCUUUCAUGGAGUCUUAAUGAUUUCAACGCAAAUACUUACAACUAUAAACUCAUUUCCAGUGAUGCUAAUGUGUCUAGAAUUAUCAAUUCUACUACAGCAACUAGCGGUGAAGUUGUGGAUAAUCUAAGACCAGGAACCAACUACAAAUUUAUUCUGACUACUCUUACAGCCGAUAAUACCAGCAGUACAGAGUAUUCAUUCAAUGCAACAACCAAGCCGAAUGCCGUUGGCCAUGUCAAAGUAGAAAAAGAUCUGACAAACCUGACCCUUUCAUGGAGUCUUAAUGAUCUCAACGCAAAUACUUACAACUAUAAACUCAUUUCCAGUGAUGCUAAUGUGUCUAGAAUUAUCAAUUCUACUACAGCAACUAGCGGUGAAGUUGUGGAUAAUCUAAGACCAGGAACCAACUACAAAUUUAUUCUGACUACUCUUACAGCCGAUAAUACCAGCAGUACAGAGUAUUCAUUCAAUGCAACAACCAUGCCGAAUGCCGUUGGCCAUGUCAAAGUAGAAAAAGAUCUAACAAACCUGACCCUUUCAUGGAGUCUUAAUGAUCUCAACGCAAAUACUUACAACUAUAAACUCAUUUCCAGUGAUGCUAAUGUGUCUAGAAUUAUCAAUUCUACUACAGCAACUAGCGGUGAAGUUGUGGAUAAUCUAAGACCAGGAACCAACUACAAAUUUAUUCUGACUACUCUUACAGCCGAUAAUACCAGCAGUACAGAGUAUUCAUUCAAUGCAACAACCAAGCCGAAUGCCGUUGGCCAUGUCAAAGUAGAAAAAGAUCUGACAAACCUGACCCUUUCAUGGAGUCUUAAUGAUCUCAACGCAAAUACUUACAACUAUAAACUCAUUUCCAGUGAUGCUAAUGUGUCUAGAAUUAUCAAUUCUACUACAGCAACGAGCGGUGAAGUUGUGGAUAAUCUAAGACCAGGAACCAACUACAAAUUUAUUCUGACUACUCUUACAGCCGAUAAUACCAGCAGUACAGAGUAUUCAUUCAAUGCAACAACCAAGCCGAAUGCCGUUGGCCAUGUCAAAGUAGAAAAAGAUCUGACAAACCUGACCCUUUCAUGGAGUCUUAAUGAUCUCAACGCAAAUACUUACAACUAUAAACUCAUUUCCAGUGAUGCUAAUGUGUCUAGAAUUAUCAAUUCUACUACAGCAACUAGCGGUGAAGUUGUGGAUAAUCUAAGACCAGGAACCAACUACAAAUUUAUUCUGACUACUCUUACAGCCGAUAAUACCAGCAGUACAGAGUAUUCAUUCAAUGCAACAACCAUGCCUUCUGCAGUUUGCAGUGUUAAUGUAAGUCACAGAUCAACUGACAUCCUACAGCUUGAAUGGACAAAUGAUGAUGACAAUGCAAAACAAUACCAUUAUGAGUUGUCUUUUGGGAAAUCACAGGAAGUUCAAGCAGAUAAGCAAACUAAGAAACGGAAUACGACAGUGCAAGGCUUGAAGCCAGGAAACAAUUAUGUCUUUUUUCUGACGACAUUCACUGUCGAUAAUGUUGCGAGUAUAAACUGUUCUUUUAAUGAAACAACAAGACCUACUGCCCCUUUAAAUGUCAGUGGAACCACAGAAACCAGUCGGAUUAUCCUAAAUUGGACAAAGCCACUGAUGGAUAACAAUGUUAAGGAAUAUAUUUUUAUUGUGAAAUUGCUGCAAGAAAAUGCCACUAAAGUUAAAAUGGUUUAUAUUGACCCAGUUAAAACGAAUGGCACUUCCAUGGUCAUUGCUAACUUAACCCAAGGAGAGCUCUGCAAUGUGUCUGUACAGUCUGAUUUCCAAGGCAUAGGCAGUGAACCACAAUUACUUUCACUACGGACCGUGCCAGAUAAAAUUGGUGAGGUGACCUGUAUUCCUGGGCCAUAUCAACUUGUUUUUGAAUGGGAUAAACCGCAUGGAAGAUACUCAUCAUUCAAUAUUUCAUCUGGAGGCACGAUAAUGGAUACAAGUGAAACACUUUCCUACAAGCUAAUGAAGUUGUCUCCAUUAACUCGUUAUCAAGUCACCAUCUAUACAGUGUCCUCUGAAAUACUCAGUGAGCCACGUUAUGCGCAAUGCACAACUACUCAUGAUUCAGGAGUAGUUGCGGGAUCUGUGAUAGGAGUUCUCUGUCUAAUAAUCCUAUGCGUCCUGACUGUCUAUCUUUGGAAAUGGAGAAGGGAAGAAAAAGGUGUAAGUAGACCAUUGACAACGCUUGGUCAUUGCAACAAACCGAUUCCUGUGAGCAACUUUGUACAAUACUUUGCGGAAAAGCAUGCAGACUCUGACUAUGGAUUUGCUCAGGAGUACAGUUCUUUGAGCCCCAUUGGUACUGAUCAGCCCAUGAUAAAAGCAAUGCUGACAGAAAACAAGACCAAAAACAGAUAUAUCAACAUUCUGCCAUAUGACCAUUCCAGAGUUAUACUGAAGCCCUUGGACAAUGACCCUAACACAGACUACAUCAAUGCAAACUAUAUGCCAAGUUACCAUUCAGACAGUGAGUUUAUUGCAUGCCAAGGCCCUCUACCGGACACUGUGAAUGACUUCUGGCGGAUGGUGUUGGAGCACCACAUUGAGGUUGUAGUAAUGUUGACUAACUGUAUGGAAACGGGCAAAGUUAAAUGUGAGCAUUACUGGCCUUUGGACUAUACACCAUGCACAUAUGGAGACAUAACUGUGACUAUCACCUCUGAAACUAUUCUGCCUGAAUGGACUGUACGGCAUUUCACCAUUAAACAAGAAAAUGAUUCACAAACACAUACUGUACGCCACUUCCAUUUCACAGCUUGGCCUGACCAUGGAGUUCCUGAUAACACUUCUGGCGUGAUUCAGUUCCGGCACCUUGUGCGCAACUUCUUGAAUGAGUCACCAAAGAAAGGACCAACUGUUGUUCAUUGCAGUGCUGGAGUUGGUCGUACAGGAACCUUGAUUGCUCUGGAUUACCUGUUGCAGCAGAUGGAGAAGGAAAAGGUUGUCAGUGUAUAUGACAUUGUCUACAAAAUGAGAAUGAACCGUCCAUCCAUGGUGCAGACUGAGUCUCAAUAUAUCUUCCUCAAUCAGUGCCUGUACGACAUCAUUAAUCCUGAAAUUCACGAAAAUAUCUAUGAGAAUCAGCAAGAGCUAAUCUAUGAAAACAUGAAAACUGAAGCAAUCUACGAAAAUUCCCUAGGAACAAACAAAGAGGAGAAAACAGCAGAAACUUAUGUGGCUUGACCAACUGCAUGCUUGAGUACACAAGUGCUUUUGUUUGUAUAUUUUAACUUCUGUUCUUGAAAGCAAAAAUAACAUAUUUCAACUUUCUCUGUGCCAGAAAAAACAUUUCUAAGACUCCAUUUGUUAGGCUUGAACAACACUAUUUGACAAUCUGAAAAGAUAGUUACCUCCUUUUGCAGGUGUUAUUAAGCAUGACAACACACAGAUUUAUAAAUAUCUUUUACCUAUGAAACAAGCUGAUAUUGUGGAAGGAACUGUACUGUUUUAAGUCACUUUUGUUACUGCUUUCAGUCUUACAUUCACGCGUACUUUUUGCAGCAAGUAAAUCUUGACUAAUCCAGUAUUUCUCAGAUAAUUCAUGAAAAAAUUAAGAUAUGUCAGUAUAAUACUACAGCCAUUUUGCUACCGGUUACUAUUUGCCUUGAAAUACUACUAAUAUUUGUAUUUAAUGAAAAUUUUUUCAGUCAAUUCCUUAAAAUGUUGGUUUGAUUUUAUGUGCAUAUUUCUGUAUUGUAUAUCUGCUUAGUAUCUGUAAUUGCCAUAUUAUUUUAAAACCAACCAAAAUUUAUCUGUGGGGAGCUGUUAGCCAAUCAGAAACUGUAAAGGCUCAACACGGAUGAAUCUUGCCAGUGAAGCAAUGCUUGCAUUUCUUUAUAUUUUAUUUUAAAGCACAGAUGGAAU